AUGAAUAUGCAUCGGGAAUGCUCAGCUUGUGGCCAUGAUGAUCUCACUGUAACCGGUCUCAGCCAACAUCUUGCAAAGAGUCAUGACCCCCGUUGUCAAGCACUCUACAGCCAGUCGCGAUCUCAAACAAACAAUGAAGCCGAAUUUGCCAUGGAUGGCGCAGAUGAAUUUGAGGGAGACUACCAUGGAAUUUACAAUGAGGACGAGUUAGAAUGGCCUGCUGAGCAGGCAACUGAUAGUGACUUGGAUGAGGCGACCGAUAAUGACUUGGAUGAUGAUUUCCUCUUCGAACCUGAAUGGGAGGCACCCUUGCUACCUCAUGCUGAGCAAGAUCACAGCUUACUAGAUGACACGCCUGCCUUCGAACACGACAAGUUAGAGGAUGUUCAAUGGAAUGCUCGUCAGGACGUUGAGGAGCGUGCACAAGGCCAGCAUGGAUUCGUAGUUGAGCCUUAUCCAGAUCCAUGCACUGGCCAAAGGAUUUUACACGAUUCAGUUGACCACGCUGCUAAUGCGGCAUACAUGGCACAUCUCACAGAUGAUGAGAACAUAUACUAUCCUUUCACUUCCAAGAUUGAAUGGGAGGUUGCAAGAUGGGCGAAGCUUCGUGGAUCGAGUUUGACAGUGUUUUUGGACUUGCUAUCCAUUGACGGAGUGAAGUAUUUGUUUGUUUGUUUCACGAGUAUCCAAUUAACGGCUAAUUCUACUAGGUUGUCAUUGUAUGGCGAUCCCGACUUCGCAAGAUACCUUACAUUUACUCCUGAGCACCAUUACGCUGAUGAAGAUCAGACCGUUUGUCUGUUCCAUGACAUGAAUACUGGGAAAUGGUGGUGGAACACACAGAAAAAACUCGAUCAGCAAUGUCCAGGUGGAACCAUCAUUCCGAUUAUCAUCUCAACAGACAAAACACAAGUCACAUUGUUUUGCAAUAAGACCGCAUACCCCAUAUAUCUCACAAUCGGUAAUAUUCCAAAAGACAUCCGGCGUAAACCUUCACUUGGCAGUCAUAUCCUUCUAGCCUAUCUACCAACGACCCAACUGGAACACAUCACCAACAAGGCUUCAUGCUGUCGGUCUAUUGCAAACCUGUAUCAUGCAUGCUUGAGCCGCGUGCUCACCCCUUUGCAACAUGCUGGAUUAGAGGGUGUCAACAUGCGCAGCAGCGAUGGUGCUCUUCGCUGCUGCCAUCCAUUGUUCGCGAGCUUUGUCGGUGACUAUCCCGAGCAACUCCUAGCUACCGGUAUCAAGUUUGGCGAGUGCCCGAAAUGUGAUGUCGACGCGGACAACAUGGGAAGUAAUACAGUACCACUUCACUUACAAAAACUCAGUGAGGUGCUGGAUGCACUUGCGGCACUCGAUCAAGGAAAUCUCACCUUUGUUCAUGCAUGUGCUGCAGUAGGAAUCAAGCCCGUUAUACAUCCUUUCUGGGAAAAUCUCCCCUUCGCAAAUAUUUUCCAGGCUGUCACGCCUGAUGUGUUACAUCAACUAUAUCAGGGCUUGGUAAAACACCUUUUGGGAUGGCUGUCGGCUGCUUGUGGAGCUGCAGAAAUUGAUGCUCGUUGCCGACGGCUUCCUCCAAACCAUCAUAUUCGACUAUUCAGCAAGGGUAUCACCACCUUAUCACGUGUAAGCGGCACUGAACACGCACAGAUGUGCCGAUUCCUCCUUGGCAUCAUAAUUGAUAUUCGCCUCCCCAACAAUCUUAAUACAGGUUGUCUUCUACGAGCAGUACGUGGGCUACUCGACUUCCUAUACCUUGCGCAAUACCUGUGCCAUAGUUCUGAGACACUUCAGUCAUUAGACGAGGCACUAGAUAUUUUUCAUGCAAACAAGCUCAUUUUCAUCGACCUCGGCAUUCGAAACAAUUUCAACCUCCCGAAGUUACACGCUGCUCGACACUAUCCUCUGAUGAUCGCGCUCUUCGGCACAACUGAUAAUUACAACAUGGAGUACACCGAACGGCUGCAUAUCGAUCUUACAAAAGAUGCCUACCGUGCUAUGAAUCACAAGGAUGAGUUUGCCCAAAUGACUUGCUGGCUUGAACGAAGGGAGAAGAUCCUAUGCCACCAAAAAUAUGUUAGUUGGCGACUCGCUGAUGGCCACCAGUCUAAUCCUUACCAUCCACGUCCACCUGAUAUGACAUUCAGCCGCGAGCAAGUCAUGACGAAACACCCCAGUGCGAAGGCUGUCAGCCUCCAAAAACUGGUUGAAGAUUAUGGUGCUACUCACUUUCGCAAGGCCCUUGCAUGCUACAUUGCUCAGCAGAGUCGAGGCAAUCAUUCUGCACCUCUCCGUGGUCAAGCACUUGAUUGGCGCUCGGUCGAUGCCUGUGACCAUGGCGAGGCACGUGUCACCUUGGACUGCGUCCAUGCAAAACCACAACGGAGGCUGGGCUCUCGUUUGGUUGCUCACCAAUCCAAUACAGCUCUGGUGAGGCUCGGUGCAGAUACACAUGAUCUUCAAGGUUUGCGCGUUGGUCAAAUUCAAGUCAUCUUUUCCUUACCACCAAAAUCAAUACCAUUGUUCUUCCCGCCAAUGGUCCGUGUGCCUACUCACCUUGCUUAUGUGGAAUGGUUCACACCAUUUUCGCCUGCUCCUGACCGAAACAGUGGACUCUUCAAACUCUCGAGAUCUCUGUGCGGUGGUGACAGAGUGACGAGUAUUGUAUCGGUGGCGGAUAUCGAGCGCAGUGUGCACCUUAUUCCAAGAUUUGGCGUCACGGCCCCGCGAGACUGGACGAGUGACACAGUGCUUGAGGAUUGUGACACCUUCUGGUUUAACCCAUACAUAGAUCGACAUACUUUUUCAAAAUUUAGAUAA